UGCACCUCACCAAAACUAACAACCGCAUUCCCAGCCUCGUUCUUCAAUCCACCUUCUUCAACCUCCUUCUGUCCCCCAUUCUCCCCCCAUUGAUGUCCCCGCUGUCCUCACUGCCGUCUAAUGCCUCUACACCGGGCCCCAUUCUAGCUCGGCCAUGUUUUCCGCCCAUGAUCAUCAGGGCCCGAGUUACUGGGGAGUGUUGAUCAAUGCCGAUAAGAGUCCGGCCCCGCUGCUGGAACAGCUGUGCCUGGAAAUUGCCCGCAUCAUCCUUAUCUCCCAUGGUUCGCGUGCGAAGACAUCCUUCGACGACUACGCUACCGCCGACCUCACUCCCGAACGACUGGCUGCUUUUUAUCGCAAGGUGGGCGGCAACUACGACGUCCUCUUUCUCCAGACCAAACCGUCCGCGCUUUCCUUCAUCUACCAACGCCUGGGAUGCUUCCAUAGUAUUCAGCCUACUUCCGAUCCUUAUAAACCUCCCGCCAUUCCAGCUCUUCAGCCGAAUGGCUUCGUGCGAUGGCAGACCAUUCAGCUCCUUCUCGAUCCGGACGAGCAUUGCCGGUACCUCCAAAACGCGGUCGAAUUGUGGGACAUUGAAACUCCGAGCGGGGAGUUCUUUCCCAAACAAAUUCCGCGGGAGGCUUUUCCAGACAGACCAGACCCGGAAAUGGUAGAAUGGCACGAGUCGGUUAGUCGACGCUUCGAACUCGAUUACAUUAAGAGAAACAUCUUGCGUGCAUCUCCACCGAGCUUUGGCACCUACCAUUCUCAUUUCUCCAACAAAGACAUUCCACUCACCAGGGAAGAGACCAGCCUCCCUCCACGGCGCCGGUCGUCAACACAUCGCCCUCACCUAGUCCCAGAGGAACCUUCCCCUCCCAGUAGGCACCAGAGGCGUCGCAGCGGCGAGUACCCACCGCCAGCCACCCGUCGGGUUCAGUCAACAUACUUCCCCCGUGCACCAGACGUUGAGGCGCCUCGCCGAGCUCCUUCACCUCCCAUGUGGACCAAGUCUGCUCCCAAACCAAGAGGUCGCGAUCGCACUCCGGCGUAUUCCCGGCCUGUCAGUCCAAAUACAUUGCCUGGGAACAGUGCAUCUGAUGCGUCAUCCGAAGAUUCUGGAGGUGCAGUACGCCGCGCGUCCCCCAGCGCUAGUCGACACCAUCGUCAUCUGCGUCCAGAUACUCCGCACCAUUCUCAUGCUCGCCGUCAUUCACAUGAAUCCUACGCCAGGAGACCCGAACGGGCAUUCUCCCCGGAUGAUCAGCGACGAUACAUGCACCGGGACAUGUACAAUGCCAGCUCGGCCAGACCCUACGACUCCGAUGGUCCUCGUCGGGCACGCUCGUCGAGGAUAUAUGCCGAGGAGCCGGUCCGCCCUCCCCGGACUCCAAGGCCAACAUUCCGCGACCACGUGUUUACCGAUUCCGCAGCUGUCCCGGUCAACCAUGAAGUGCCGGUAUACACGCACAUGCACCCCCGAUACAUGAACAGGAAUGGCAGCUAUCCAGUCCGACCGCCUCCCCCACCCGACGUUGACAUGCGUGCGGGCGAUGACGGCCGACGGAGUUACAGAGGACCUCACGUCAACCCCAACGCCUCUGGUUUCAGUAACUCGGCAACUCCGGAGCGUUCCCGCUACCCCUCAGGCGGAUAUCGGCCUCAGAGAUGGGCCAAUCCGGUACAGCCAUCGCCAGCCCGAGGAAUCCCCGUAGGAAUGCCGGACAUGGAAUAUCCUCCGAGAAGCCGACGGUCCACUAUGUACGACCGGUGA